UGAGAGAAACGCGCUUCCCGAGCGCUCAGUCCUGUCACUGUACAGACAUGAACCGAGCUCAGCGAGCAAUAAUCAAAUCAAUGAUUUGUAUUCUUCGCGAUUAACACUAAGUUUUUCUUUUUCGCUCAGAGGUGCUACACUUUUCCGUCCAGACCGUCCUGUCUCCGUUCAGAAAUCGUUCAAUCGUUUGCGCUGGAUCUGUCGUGCCAGAAGAUGUGCGUGGAGAGCGAUGGAUGUGAAAUCGAGGGGUGCAGCAGUUCGGAUGAGGUGCACACGCUGUCUGGAAGCAUGAGUCCGGCUCUUAAUUCCAGUCCAGACCUGCAUCCCUGCAAUCCUGGGCAGAAAUUCCGUGCCGCAUUACUCCGAUGCCGGUCUCCGUUCGUAGCCGCCGGGAUUCUGAGUUUUGGAAAUGUGCUCAAUUACAUGGACAGAUACACCGUAGCAGGUGUCCUCCUUGACAUCCAGAAACACUUCGAGGUUGGCGACAGCGGAGCAGGCUUGUUGCAAACAGUCUUCAUCUGCAGUUUCAUGGUGGCCGCACCCAUUUUUGGUUACCUUGGGGACCGCUUCAACAGAAAGAUCAUUCUGAGCUGUGGAAUCUUCUUCUGGUCCUUUGUGACGCUGCUAAGCUCCUUUAUUACCAAAGAUUAUUAUUGGUUGUUAGUGCUGUCCAGAUGCUUGGUGGGUAUUGGAGAAUCAAGCUACUCAUCCAUCUCUCCAACCAUCAUUGGAGACCUGUUCACAAACAACAAAAGGACCAUGAUGCUCUCUGUCUUCUACUUGGCCAUCCCACUAGGAAGCGGUCUGGGCUACAUCCUGGGAUCCAUCGCUAAAGACGCUGGAGGGCAUUGGUACUGGGCACUGAGGGUUUCUCCGAUGUUGGGGUUGAUUGCUGGGACACUCAUUCUCAUUGUUGUCCCUGAGCCAAAGAGAGGGAUUGCUGACCAUAUCACUGGACGUAUAAAGACACGCACUUCCUGGCUCUGUGACAUGAAAGCUCUUGCCAAAAACCGUAGUUAUGUAUUUUCAUCUCUGGCAUCGGCCGCUGUGUCAUUUGCCACGGGGGCAUUUGGGAUCUGGAUCCCGCAGUACCUGGUCAGAGCUCAGGUGGUGCAGAAGACAGCAGUGAGCUGCACCUAUCAACCAUGCAGCAGCAAAGACAGUUUGAUAUUCGGAGCCAUCACCUGUGUGACGGGGCUGUUGGGAGUGGUGAUCGGUGCCGUGACCACGCGGCUCUGCCGACAGAAGACAGAGCGUGCCGACCCGCUGGUGUGUGCGGUCAGCAUGCUGGGCUCUGCUAUCUUCAUCUGCCUCAUCUUUGUUGUGGCCAAGAAGAGCAUUGUGGGAGCGUAUAUCUGCAUUUUCAUCGGAGAGACGCUGCUCUUUUUGAACUGGGCCAUUACAGCGGACAUUUUAAUGUUUGUUGUCAUACCGACCAGAAGAGCCACUGCUGUUGCCUUCCAAGGCUUCACCUCACAUUUACUAGGGGAUGCUGGGAGCCCAUACCUCAUUGGCUUGAUAUCAGACGCGCUGCAGGAGAGCUACGCCACAUCAUCGCUAUGGCAGUUCCUGAGCUUGGGCUAUGCCCUCAUGCUCUGCCCCUUUGUCAUCGUUCUGGGGGGGAUGUUCUUCCUGGCCACCGCCCUCUUCUUCCUCGACGACCGUGACAAAGCGGAGAAACAAGUAAGCCAGCUUUCCUGACCGCCGUCCACAGUUAAGGUUACCAAAUGAGAAGAGGCUGCAGCAAUGAAGAAAAUGUGGGGUGAAAAUAUGGACAAGUAGAGGAAGAAAAACAGAAGGAAUAAAACUAGCAGCUAACUCACUAUACGCACACUCAAUAUACUCUCAGAUCACCGCUAUCAUAUCUUCUCUGUUUUUUCAUCCCAUUCUGUGAAGGCCGUUCUGAAUUGCUUGCCCUAGGAAACCUUCAGCUGGCAAGAGGUCAGCCAGUCAGCUGCUGGUGUGCAGCUAUUAAUGAUGUAUAUAAAGAGCCACAUGGGUGUUUGGAAGAGGGUGCCAUACUACUGAACACAGCACGGACACAUGCUCCCGUCCCGUCACGCUGCCUGUCGAGCUGCACCAAGUGCCAUAGCAUCACAUUCCUAAUGGGGACCAGUACCAAUGAUGCUCACAGCCAGCGAGGGGCUCACCAAUACGCCAAAAUCCCCCAAAAUCUGUAAACACAGAACUGUAGGAAUCACACGCAUCACAUCACAUCCCCAAUAAAAACAAACUACACGGUGAGCCCUGCCUUAAGAAAUCUGGCAGAGGCACAGGUCUGGUCCCUGCUCACUUUUCUUUGCUUACUAUUAAAUGUGUUUUUCCAUUCUUUUUCUUAGCACUUACCAUUCUAAUGCAGUGCCAGUGAAAUCAUGCCGCCACACAUGACACUUGAGACCGUUGAAAUCGAUCAUUAUCUUUUCUCUUCUUGCUCUGACUGUGUUUUUACAAAUGAAUCUGAGGGACUUUAUAAACUAUAGCUGAAAGGGACACUGGAUUGUAAAUAUUAUCUUUUUAUAAUGAAGAAACAACAUGUAAAUGCUUUCAUACUGAACUUUAGUGCAGGAGUCUGCCUGGAUAAAUCGCAUAGUACGCCCGAGAGGAGAGCAGAAAUACUGAAAAAUGUUAACAAGUGAACAAAGCCAAGGUUAUCGUCUCUUGUCUAGUGUUUUUCAGUGAGGAAUUCCUUCCGCAGUGCCGGGUUACCCACCCAGACAGGCAAACCUUCAUUUUAACUGCGGAUAAGAUUCACACAAGCUCAGUCCAUAAGAAUGAAAGUCUUUGUAUGUUGGCUUACCUUGGUCAUUUGGUUUUACAUAUCCCUUUACCGGAAAAGAAGAGGCAGAAAUUAUCAUAGUGCAUUGCAGCCAAGUUAAUUACCUACACUGCAAUCCAUCCAUUUUCAGAGGUUAAGCUAAAUCUGUUUUUUGGGGGGGAUUCUGUGAAUUUUGUGGAGGUUUUUUUUAAAGUAGAAAACAGAUAUUUGAAUAUGCUGCAUACACUAAGAAAAGUACUUUGCUUUUCACUGAGUAGUCAUGAAUAUGAAGAGAUAAAGCUGGAGGGUAAAAUUGCAGAAAAUAUCGAUUUUUGCUGUUAUUGAACUGUGUGGUUUCGCUUCAGAAUGUAGUUUGUAAUAUAUGCAAUUUAAAAGAAGAUUUGAUCCCUAACAAACAUGAAAGCUUUGACAGUGGCAAUAAUUUGUAUAUCCUGAUAUUUAGCAAGAUUUUCUUAGAGCACACACACACACACACACACACACACACACCACUGUCACUUUUUUGCAACUUGGUGUUACCAAAUCUGUCUGCGUCUGAAGCCGUUUGCAUAUAAAUCUGUGUUUCCAUCCUGAGAAAAGCACCUUGCCUAUAGAUCGAAGCGGAAAAAAGACGAUCUGUGUUUUGAAAGUCUGACUUAACGUAUCAUGUGAAAUUACCGUCCUUAUUUGCCAGUCAUAUCCUUUUAGCUUUCAUCAUGCCAGGUGAAAAGCCUUUGAAUGUGAUUCUGUCCAAUGUGUUUACACAUGCAAAUUUAUCUUAAUGAAGCUUUUGUAUUAUUAUUAUUAUUAUUCUUUUACAUGUCUUUUUCUUGCUUUUUACAAAUAUGAGUUUUAUAUAUAAACACUAUAAAGAUAAACUAUAUUAUGCAGCAAUUUUAAUAUAUUGUAAACUGCUUUGAUGCAAUGUAUUUAUUAUGUUUUUGAUUUGUUUAUUUGCAACCCUUGCUGAUAAGAUGGAAUAAGGGAAAAAUAAUGUCAUAGAUAGUAUGUACAGUUCUGUUUUUGUUUAACCAUUUGAAGAAUCUCUCAGUUGUUCAUCUCGGAGAACUGUUUUUUCGCAAGAGCCAAUUAUUUUACUGGUUCACACACACAGCAUGAUUUACACUUAUACAAAAGUACAUGUAUUGUGUACCAACAUGUUUGUUAGACCAAUGAACUGAUACUUUACCUGAUUUAUUUUGCACAAGCAACUGGGUGUGUGAAUAAUGUGCUGAUCAGGGGGUUUUCUCUUACUGUCUAAUUCAAUAGUUCUACACUGGCAUUUUGUAAGUGCUAGCUUUGAAGGAUUAUUACACAUUCACUGCCUGGCUACUAGCUUAUUUAAAAAAAGUAAUUUUACAUGCUGUCAAUGAUUAUAUGACUAUUUGUUUAUUUGUUUGUUGAAAGGCAAUGCUCACGGUGACCUGGAUGGGAUGAACGACUGGCUUAAUAUUUGUAAGGCCGAGUUCAUUUUAUCAACAAAAUUCUACUGCUAAUGUGCAGUUUUAUGAGAUCAUUUUAAUUGCUGAAUCGUGAGAGUUGAGUAUUUCAGAUUGCACAUUUUCUUGUCAUACAAGAAUUCUGUAAAGAUGAACCUAUUUCUGAUGUCAAGCAGAAAUUAAAAGGUGAUUUUAUUUUUUAGAGCAAGUGUGAUUAUAAAGAGAAGUAUCUAGGACAUUUACUGUGAUGCUCCCACAGGGAUAUACACCUAUAUGUAACUGAUCAAAAUAAACUUAUUUAAUCAAAA